GCUCCUGGCGGAGGAGAGCAGGGCGGACACCCGUGGCACCUCCGCCGCGCUGAGGACGCUCCGGAGCCCGGCGACCCCGGUUCCGCGCACCACGAACAGCACAUAUCUGAAUGAGAAGUCACUCCAACUGACAGAGAAAUGCAAAAAUCUACAGUAUGACAUUACGUCUUUAUCCAACAAAACGAAAGGAUAUUCAGAGAAUGAGUAUCUUCAGAUGAUCACAAAUAUACAAAGCUGUCCAUGGAAACGACAAGCAGAAGAAUAUGAGAACUUCAGAGCAAAACUUGCUUCCUGUUGUGAUGCUGUUCAAAACUUCGUGGUUUCGCAAAAUAACACUCCAGUUGGAACUAACAUGAGUUAUGAAGUGGAAAGUAAAAAAGAAAUCCCAAUUAGGGAGAGCAUUUUUCAAAUGUUUCCGGUGUCCCAGCCUUUUGUGGAAUACCCUUAUAAUCAGUGUGCCGUGGUUGGAAAUGGGGGAAUUCUGAAUAACUCUCGCUGUGGAGCGGAGAUAGAUAAAUCCGACUUCGUUUUUAGGUGUAACCUCCCUCCAACCACAGGAAACAUUAGCAAAGAUGUUGGCAGUAAAACAAAUCUUGUGACCGUGAAUCCCAGUAUCAUAACACUAAAAUAUGGGAACUUAAAGGACAAGAAAGCAGUAUUUGUGGAGGACGUUGCAAGCUACGGAGAUGCCUUCCUUCUUCUGCCCGCAUUUUCCUACCGAGCCAACACUGGUGCCUCUUUUAAAGUGUACUAUACACUCAAAGAGUCUAAAGCAAGGCAAAAAGUUCUCUUUUUCCAUCCCGAGUACCUGAAACAUCUUGCCCUCUUCUGGAAAACUAAAGGUGUGACUGCCUACCGCUUGUCCACUGGCUUGAUGAUCGCAAGUGUUGCUGUGGAGUUGUGUGAAAAUGUGAAGCUCUAUGGCUUUUGGCCCUUCUCCAAAACUAUAGAAGACACACCUCUCAGCCAUCACUACUAUGACAACAGGUUACCUAAACGUGGUUUCCAUCAGAUGCCCAAAGAGUACAGCCAGAUGCUUCAGCUUCAUAUGAAGGGAAUCCUCAAACUACAAUUUGGUAAAUGUGAAAUGACAUAAACAAAGUUUCUUACAAUGAGAAUAGGCUUGACAUAAUGUAGUAGGUGAGCACUGUUUCCAAACACUGAAGGAGGUGGUGAAGGGGUAUUCUAGGAAGAGCUCCAAAACUUGGUUUGACCAAAGCUCUCUCACUAACUUUGCAGCCUCCAUGCGUCAAUCAAUCAUUCCAAUCUUCAGUUUCCUUUUUUUGUGAAGGGAGGAUCAUUAUACUGACUCAGAAGUAAAAAGGAAUAAUUUAUGAAAUCUCCUGGUAUAGCAUUUGGUGUGAGGUAGGGAUUCAAUAAAUAUCUCCUUAUAAUAUUAAACACAGCCAUUUCCACCCUCACAAGAAGGUAAAAGGCAUAUUAUCUUGGCAACCUUUUCUCAAAAGAGCUGAAUCACCAUACUUACUGCAUUUCUUUCUCUCAUUGGCUUCACUUUAUUAAUAUCCUUCCCAUUUUUCCUUCAUCUCAAAGAGUAUGUACACGAAAAUUUUGUAGUUAAACAAGAAAUCUUUGAUCGUUUAGGAAUGAAAGUCUUUUCUUUGUAGGGCAGUGUCCCUGCUUCUCAUUAAAUUUGCUUGUGAUGUUAGCUUCACUGAUGUGUUGGAUGGAUUCUUGCCUUUUCUUUUCCUCUAUUAUCUACAUUUUAAAUCACUCUUUAUAAUUUUAUAUGAACUUUCUGUCUCACUCUUAGGCCUUUUUCUCUCCCACUGACAGAAUCUACUUCAAGGACAUGAAUAGUUACAAUACCCAGGCCUUUUCACUUGCUGUAGGAUCACUCAUGCAAUCUAACUAAAAAAAAUAUUGAACAGCUAUUUUGUGCCAAGCCCUAUACCAAGCUCAGUGAGAGGGCAAUAAAGACUGCUUCUAGCAGGAAAAAAUAUAUAUGCAUAUCAUUAAUGAUAUGGUAUAGCAAGUAUUAUAAUGUAAUAAUUUUGAAAAAUAGUGCUAGAAAGAUCAUAGACAGGGAUAACCAAAUCUCUUUCAGUGCACUCUAUUUCAAUGUAUCUGCUUCAGGAAAGAGGUAAUUUUAGGAUUAAAACUAGAAAAUGAGGGUUUUUUUCAAAGAAAAUGAUUCUAGGUAGAGGGAAUAUGAUUCUGAUUUAUCAAAAUGAGAAUAUUUGAAGGUGGAUCAUGGUUUUUUCCCCAAAACUGUCACUGGAGAGCCAACACUGGUGCCUCUUUUAAAGUGUAGUGUACACUCAGAAAGUCUAAAGCAAGGCAAAAUGUUUUCUUUUUUCAUCCCAAGUACCUGAAACAUCUUGCCCUCUUCUGGAAAACUGAAGGUGUGACUGCCUACCGCAGUGUUGGGCAGUGUUGGGAGUUGGUGGCUAGGGCUCACAUCUGUAAAAUAGGGACAAUUCAGACCUGACCAAUUUAAUAGAAGGGCUUAAGGGUGAGAACGCUCGAAAACUUAAUUCACCCAAAGAAAGAUAAAUGCUUAUAUGAAAAAUAAAACCAAUAGUUUAGGCACCAGUGUAAAAUGAAACUGGAGUAGAUAUUAACUAAUAGCAUGUUAUACCACUCCCUUACGUUAUGAUGAUACCUACUCCUAUGCCACUCUUGCAUCUGCUGGAUAAGUUAUUUGACUUACAUAUAUGAUCACAUGCAUACUUUUUUGCUCAUCAUUCAACCUUUGUAAGAAGACUGGAAAUCAGUGUAGCGGAUCAACAUGUCAAAAUAAUUAUAAUUUUUAAAUUAAUUAUCUGAGGGCUGGGGAUAUAGCUCAGUGGCAUAAGUGCUUGCCUGGCAAGCGCAAGGUCAUGAGUUCAAUUCCCAGUACCAAAAAAAAAAAAAAAAACUACACUAAUUGUCUGAGCCAAUACCUACUUUUAAGAACACUGUACUAUAAAUUGUUCAUUUUAUAAAUUACACCUUUAUUUUGCAUUUGACAUAUGUGAUGUGAUUUUGAGCUCAUAAUUCCAUUUAUUCUUUAUAACAGAUGAAACUUACUAGCUUUAUAAAUUGGUUAAAAGUUCAUAAUGGAAUAUUUUCUACAAGGAAGAUACCUUUUGUUAUAUAUAAAGUCUAAUUUAUUAUCUUUCUUUUUAUGGAGAAUGGGUGGCUUUUUUAUUACUUCUAAUAGAUUUAAUUAGUUUUAAGUAAUAUUUUGGCAACAUUGGUAAUGUUUUAAUCAUGCUACUAGCAAUGGAUUCUUAAAAAUAGGUGAGAACACCCUAGUAUUUUGGAGUUAGUAAAAUGAUUUUUUUCAAAGUGUUAAUGGCAAGUGAAGCAAAGUAUUUCUUUUUGAUAUUGGAAAUACAUGAUUAAAGAGUGAAAGUAAUCAAAUGUACUGAAAUAAAUCAUCAAAUGUACAAGGUGGAGGCUCUACUUGUUAUUUUAAUAAAAUUACAUAUGAUUAAGACAUUUAAAGGUUACUUAUGUUAUUCCCACAUAAGUUAUUUUAACUUAGGAAAUUUUCUUCAGAAUCGCCAGAAAUAUCCAAAAUAAUAUAAGAUCAAGAGGUAUAAUAAUACUCAUGUUCAAAUAAAACUUUAGUAGAAAAAA